AUGGACUCGGAAUCAAAAUACACAAUAAAAAAUGAUUCGACAUUAAUUAGAAAAUUAAUUGUUUUACUUCAACGUCUUUUAUAUGAUAUAUGGUCAAGUCCAAUAAAUCUUGUUCUUGCUAUUUUGAUUAUAUGUUUACUUGUUAAAUUAUUUUUAUUAAAACGCAAAUCAUCAAACAAUGCUAGUCGAAAACAAACACCGGUACAAUUACCAAAAAUGUCUCAAUGUGAUUUAACAGUAUCAGAAUUACGUGGUUAUAACGGUAUUGAAUCAAAUGGAAGAAUCCUUACAGUUGUUUAUGGAGAUAUAUUUGAUGUUAGUCAACGAAGUGAUCUAUAUGGAAUAGGUGGAUCAUAUUCAUUAUUUGCUGGGCGUGAUGCUACACGAGCAUUAUCUAAAAUGCAAUUGGAUCCAUCAUUAUUUUCAAACGAAUAUGAUGAUCUUUCUGAUAUUACUGAUAAGGAACGAGCUACAGCUAGAAGUUGGCAUGAAGAUUUUCGAGAAAAAUAUGAUCUUGUUGGACAUCUUUUAAAACCAGGAGAAAAACCAUGUGUAUAUCCACCUGACGAUACAACUGUUGAUGGUGCUUAUAAUAUAAACGAUACAAGAAAUAGAUUAUUUGAUGAAAUUGAUGAAAAUGAACGUUGUGAUAUAAUCAUAUCUAAUAUUCUCUUCGAUGAUUUAUUUGCAUCAAAUGAUGCACUUUGUAUUACUCAUCUUGAUUCUGUUUCGGUACAAUCGUCUAAAGUUGCUCAUAAAAAAACAUCAUCAAAUAGUGAACGCCAAAAUAAUCGUGGAUUAGGAUCAACAAAUAGUUCACGAAAUUCUAAAAGAAAUCGUAAUAAUAGUCUUGAAGAAUAUCCUUUACAUUUGGCAUGUCAAAAUGGUCAAAUUGAAGUUGUAGGAAAAUUAUUACAAGAAUUUUCUCCUGUUACACUUGAACAUGAUAUGAAUCGAUGGUCACCAAUUCAUCACGCUGCUUGGCAUGGUCAUCAUAGAAUUGUUGAAUUAUUACUUCGUUCAAAAAGAUUUUCAGUUAAUGCAGUUGAUAAUUCACAUAUGAGUCCAUUACAUUUAGCAGCUGUAGGUGGUCGAGCUGAAGUUGCUCGAAUACUACUUGAUUGUCCUGAUAUUAAUGUGCAUGCAAAAAAUAAAGAUGGAAAAACAGCACUUGAUUUUUGUAAACAAAAUCCAAAUCGUGAUUGGCAAAUAUGUACAGAAUUAAUUGAAAAAUUUCUUCAAAAACCUGUUGAAAAAAUCAAAAUUUGUCUUGCCGAUGGUAGUACUAUUGAACUUGAUCUUGUUUCAGGUCCAGCUGAAACUACUGUUCGUCAAUUACAUGCACAAAUGAUGAUACGUUUACGUUUACCAGAUGAAGUCUCACAUGUAUUUGGUAUAUGGAUCUGUUCUAAAAGUGUUCGUAUUCAAUUAAAUCCUGAUCAUAAACCUGUACAAUUUUUAUUAAAUUGGAAACGUUAUGCAAGUGAAUUAACAACUAUACCAAAUGAAUCAUCACUUCGAAAUCCAUCAUUUUCAUCGUCUCCAACUUUAAAUACGAAUUCUGAAGAUGCACAAUUAUGGUGGUCACGUGAUACGUUACUUAAAAUUGAAUUUGAACAACGUCUUCGUAUACCACAUGUUAUACAUUUAUUAUUUCUUGAAGCAUAUCAAAAUUAUUUACUUGCUAAUUAUCCAUGUACAGAUGAAGAUGCUAUUGAAUUUGCUGUUUUAAUGAUGGGAAUUAAUGAAAAACAAUUAGAUGAUAAAUUAUGGGAACAUUUUUUUCAUAAUGAUCCUAAUAAUUUGACCUUAUUAAUACCAGCUGAAAAAUUAAAGCGUGCCGGUGUUGCUUAUUGGCGACGAACAAUUCUUAAACGUUAUAAAGAAGUUUUUAUUGAUGAUCAAACAAUGCAAAAUCGUCCACAAUUAUCACUUUAUUUAAAAAUGCAAUUUCUUAAUUUAGCUCAAAAUUUAACUAGUUACGGUUCAUCAUUUUUUACGGGUGAGCAUGAAUAUCAUGGUCGUCGUACCAGUGUAUUUAUAUGUGUUAAUGAUGUUGGUGUACAUUUAAUAAAUCGUGCAACAAAAUCACAAGAAUAUUCAUUUUCAUAUCAACAAAUGACAUUUACUAUUGAAACAGAAGCACAAUCAACACUUGAAAUAAAUGUUAAAGAUAAUAAAAAUGUUGAUCAUACAAGAUUAUUAAAUUCAACAAAUAAUAAAAAUUUUAAAAAUUCAAUUUUUCCAUUUUCAUCAUCAAAUAAACAAUCAAAUAAAAUUGAUCGACCAUUAACGUCAUCAUCAACAUCGUUAUCAUCUACGUUAACAAAUUCAUUAAAUAAUAAUAAUGAAUUUCAGCAAAGAAAUCAUAAUAGACAUAUAUUAUAUACAAAACAAAAUUUUCUAAUUUAUCAUUUAAUGAGUAAUUUUGCACAAGAACAUGGAUCUUUUAUAUAG